AUGCCGGGCCUCCCAGGGAGCGCAGCUGACCCCGCCCCGAGCCUGGCAUCGCUACUAGCCAGAGAUGGGUCCCUGGAGGCGUCGGUGCAGGCCGCCCUUGCCUCCCUCCCCUCCCUGGACCCGGAGCCCCGCACCGCCCCCUCCAUGGCCGAUGCCGUGGCCAUGGUGCACGCCCGGGACGACGCCCGCAAGAAAGUCUCCUCCGGUCCCGCCCUGUCCAAGGCCAAGCGCGCGGCGCGCACCUCCUCCCUCCCCCGACGGAGCGUGCGCCUCGUCUCCCGCUUCCAGCGGGGGAGCGGCGCGGAGGAGGGCCCCGCCACGCCGGUGGGCGAGGCGCCCGCGCCGGGAUGCCUGCUGGAGAGCCUGUCUGAUGGCGACGUGGCGCGGCUCAUCCGCGGGAUGGCCAUGUACCCCACCCUUGCGCUGCCUGGCCCUGAAGUGGAGGAAGGCGUCCUGGGGAGCCUGGAGGCGGAGCCACCGGCAGGCCUGGAGGGCGCCGAGGACGGCGCCGCAGGCGCGGAGGCGACAGACUCAGCGGCCACGGCCCCCGAUCCAGGCGCCACCGCGCGCAGGACGGCCAUCGAGUGGCUGCGCCGCCAGGCGCCGGGCGUCGCGGAGGGGAGUGGGGCCCUCGCCAGCGUGCCCUGGCCCUUUGGCGGGCCUGCAGAUGCACCCGGCGCAGGGGCUCCGCAGGCGGCCGAGUCUUCCGGCGAGGCUGGCAAACCGGCGGCCGACCCUGCGACACCCCCGGCGUCCUCACUGCUGCCCUCCGGCGCGACGCGCCACCCCUACACACGCCUCCUGCUGCAGGCGCCCACCCCCGCCCACGCCGCAGCGGCCGAGGUGCUGCUGGCGGCGGCGCCCCAGGACGAGCUGCUGGCGGAGCUCCUGGCCCUGCAGGAUGCGACCCCGGAUGCCAAGGCGCAGCAGGACAGGGAGGCCGCCGGCGGCAAGGAGGAGGAGACCGGGCCGCUGCUGGGGCCCAACGAGAUGUAUGACGUCCUGGCGCAGCGCAGCGGCGAGGAGGAGGCCUACUGCGCCGUGUGUGGCGAUGGCCACUCUGAGUCGCCCAACGAGAUCGUGUUCUGCGAGCGCUGCGACGUGGCGGUGCACCAGCGCUGCUACGACACAUACCUGACGCAGGAGGGCGUGGUGGCGGGGCUGGAGGGUGUGCGGCUGGACCGCGCCUCCUGCGCCAUCUGCGGCCAGGCCAGCGGGUCGGUGGUCACCUGCAACGCCUCGGGCUGCGCCUACGCCUUCCACCCGCUCUGCGCCCGCAACCUGGGCCUGUACCUCGGUGCGGGGCUGUGA